UUUGCCCCCACACACACUCCACAUGAUCAACAAUAACAACUAAGUUCUCUCUUUCUCUCUUCAUAAAUACCUAUCAUCACUUCCAUCACUACUACUACUACUACUACUACCUCUCUACUUUCUUCACUCUCUCUGAAAAUGGCCAUCAGAACAAAACCAAGCAAACUCUCUCAAAAAACAGUUCUCAAACAAAUCCUAAGAAGAUGUUCAAGCUUAACCAAGAAAAACGGCUAUGAUAAUCAAGAUGAAGAUGAUACUCAAGAUCUUCCUCUUGAUGUACCAAAAGGUCAUUUCGCAGUUUAUGUUGGAGAAAACAGAAGCAGAUACAUUGUGCCAAUCUCAUUCCUAACUCACCCUCAGUUUCAAUCCCUCCUUCGACAAGCCGAAGAAGAAUUCGGCUUCGAUCAUCACACGGGUCUCACAAUUCCUUGCCAUGAACUUGUUUUUCGCUCCUUAACAUCAAUUAUGCUCAGAUCAUAAACACAAACAAACCUUGUUUCAUUACAUUGCCUCUACUAGAAGAAAAGGUGAUCAAAGAUGAAGCUGCAUCUAGCUUUUGCUUCUCUUUUUUUUAACAUCUUUUUUCAAUGUAGUCAUUGAAUUAGUUUGCCUCCAUUUGCAAUCUAGUUUUUUUUCUUAAUGUUAGUAAGUUCGUGGUUAUGUUAGUUUUCGCGAUCGAAUCUGAAAUCUACCCUUAUAUAUUUGGGGUGAUGGAUCAUAGUUUAAUUUUGGUGAGCAAUGUGAUUGUAACUUUUGUCACCAGGAGCAUUUCUUGGGGAAAAUUUUGUAUAAAAUGUUUCAGAUUUAUUUUCCUCA